AUGCCUGGAUUUACCGAUACAAGUAAAUAUGACAACCUAACUCAAGUAAUAAAACUUAAACAUGAAACAGAAUGUUAUGGAUUGCCAUACGGAGUAUUCGGACUAGUCUGUUGGGGUUUAACACUUAUCUCUAUCAUUUUAACCUAUGUGAAUAUACCGUUGAUAUCACCGUGGCGCUGGGGUAAAAAAUAUAAAAGACAAAAGCCAGCAAUGUUAUUCAUCUCGGCUGUUACGACAAUUGGUCCGGUCAUUUAUACAGGUAUCGCUUGUCGUGCAGAUUGGAUGUCAAUACUGAUGGCAAUUGGCCAACUCACUCCUUGGAGUCUCAAGAUAGCCAACGAUGGUUAUGUGAUUAAGGUGGAUGAUGGCUUGGAAGGAACCUACCGCGCUUUUGGAUUCACAAUGACAAUUUUACUAUACAUUGUUGGUUGGUUAGGUUUGGAGAUGGCGUUUGUUGAUCCGAAAACGAAUUCUGUCGUGGUUAUAGUCACGAUGAUAGGCUUAGUGAUAUGUCUACUAUGCUACACGUAUUACUGGGCACUCAUGCAUAAAUGUCUGCAUACUUGUUGUUCCAUCGUAAUAUUUUAUAUUCUAAUGACCUCUCAGAUCGUAGGAUCGCACAUAAUUCUUGCCCUACUUAAUAAAAAUUGGAGUGGAAUUGCUCCUGAUGGAGCCGGGCAAGCAUCAGCUAUUAUUUUCUUUAUUGGAAAACGUCUGCUAUUUUUAGAUUUAGAUUUCAAUUAA